GGGCGCGGGCACGGCCGGCGGCGUUUUCUCCGAGCAUGCGGUCCCCGCUAUGGACAUCCGCGCGUCCCCGCCGCCCGGCCAGCCGACGGCCGCGGCCCAGCAGCAACAGCAGCCACCGACCGCGCAGAACGCCGACGCCAUGAAGACCGCCGCGGCCCGCGACGACAAGAAAGACGGUGAGCCCAUCAAGCUGCCAGAGAAUCUGGAGAGUCUGCCCAAGGCAGACCACUUUCCAACGCAGCGUCACCGCUGGAACACAAAUGAGGAGAUCGCGGCAAUUCUCAUCAGCUUUGAGCGGCACAAUGAAUGGCAGAGCAAGGAAGUCAAAAUCAGGCCGAAGAGCGGCUCCAUGCUGCUCUACUCCCGCAAGAAGGUGCGCUACCGGCGGGACGGCUACUGCUGGAAGAAGCGCAAGGACGGGAAGACCACCCGCGAGGACCACAUGAAGCUCAAGGUGCAAGGCACCGAGUGCAUCUACGGCUGCUACGUGCACUCGGCCAUCUUGCCCACUUUCCACCGCCGCUGCUACUGGCUGCUGCAGAAUCCUGAUAUUGUGCUAGUGCACUACCUCAAUGUACCCUACCCUGAUGAUAACAAGCUAGCAGUAAUCACUCCCAGCCUAGCGCUGUGGGGAGACAAGAAGGAGUGGACCAAGGAAGAGCUAGUGUCUCAGCUCAAGCCUAUGUGUGAGUCGGCUGGCCCCUCCUCCUACUCCAGUGUCCAGGUUUUCAGUGAGGAUGAACCUGAUCUUAAUAAUGAAUUGGAAAUUUCGACGGCGGAAACAGUGGAGGCAAUAGUAACCCAGCUUAUGGAAAAACAGAGGCUUGCCCGAGCUGCAGCUCUUACCAAACAGUUAGAAUGUGGCUGUCCAGAUUCCACAUGUGCUGAUAGCAAAACUUGCUCUCAUCCUAUGCGCCGAAUCUCAGCUGCAAAACCAGGAGGUCCUGAUAUAGGAUCUGUAGCUGGUGCUCGUCAGGCAGUGGUCAGCAUGGCUUUAGCCAAUGAUAAUAGCAAUCAGGUUUCAUCAACAACUGGUUCUGGAAGUAUGAUUCUUGCAACUGGAGCAGUUGGAGGUGGAGUUGCCAGCAAUGGAUCGACUGGAGCAACAUCAUCCUCUGUAGCUGUCAGUCAGGCUCAACAACGCCUCCACCAUCCAGGAGGGCAUCAUUCAUCUGGUUCAAGCUCAGUAAGCAGUGUCAACCCAACCACAACCAGCACUGCAGCUGCCCCUCCUCUUGUUUUAAGUUUGUCCCAAAUUCAAGGUGGAGGUGGCUUGUUGAUCUUGAACAGUUCUGGUAGUACUACAAGCAAUGCUACCCAUCAGUCAUUGGUGUCCCCUGUAGCAGUUACAUCUUUUGUGUGUAGUACCAACACUCAACAACAACGAAGUCAUCAUCAUUACACAAAGGAUUCUUCAAAAAGUUCUGGUGCCACGACUAUUGUUUUGAAACAGGAAGCAAUGGAAACAAGUUCGAGUUCAUGCUGUUUAAAUCAAGGUCCUGGUUCAGAUAGUGUUACAGUAGCAAAUAACAUUAAUAAUAAUAAUAUAAAUAAUAACUCUAACAACAAAAUGGAUAUAACAAAUGGUAACAUUACCACAACUUUUGACAAUACAGGAGGUGCAACAACUUAUCUUUCCAGUACAUCUGACAAAAAUAUUUUACGUUCUUCAAAACAGCAGCCCAUGUCAGUAUCAAACUCAUCUUCUGUUAUGAAUAGUGCUCCACCAACUCCUUCAAAACACAUGGAUACUAGUAGUGAUGUUGAUUCUUUGGACAUAAAACCAUUUUGUAGCAGUGACACUGUUCUAGUAAUUGGUUCCAGCUCAAGCUCCAUUAUGAAAACUACAGAGACUGUAUCUGUUGGUGGAUUUUUCAAUGAAACUUUAGAUCUUUCCCAAGAAGACAUUCAGAGGACACUUUCAGCUAACAUGCCCCUGUCAUGUUCAGCUGAAUUAGAUAGACAUCCAAGUGCACAUCAUAUCAUCGCAUCUAAAUCUUUGGCUACAUCUAGUGGAGACGAAAUUUCAUCUGAAGAAGUCAUUGUGUCAGAAGUCAACCCUAUGGACUUCAUUGACUGUGGGGAUGUAGUUGUGUCUCCUACUCAAGUCGAUGAUGAUGUGUUUGUAAACUUAGAUGCAUUCGACAUGUUGGGAGAUUUCCCUGAGCUAGAAAUUUUGGAGUCAACCACAACUGUGGCAGAAGCCUCAGCAGAAAGUACAGCUUUGAUUUCUAUGGUGGAAGAAGCAUCACCAGCUGCUUCAAUUUCCCAUCAUGAAGCAGUUGCUAGUGUAGGUAGCGGAGACAGCAAUAUGGAUGCUAGCAUAGUGACAGACAGUGGCAAGUCAGCUUGUGCAAUGAACAGUGGAGGAAGCAGUAUUGAUAAAACAAAUGAUCAGGCUUCUCCAAGAAUGGAUUACCGAGAAGGCACUGCAAAUAUUACAGAUUACUCACCUGAGUGGGCAUAUCCUGAGGGUGGUGUAAAAGUGUUAGUUACAGGUCCCUGGUAUAGUACUACAUCACCCUACACAGUGUUAUUUGACACAUUCCCAGUACCAACUACUCUGGUUCAGAGUGGUGUGUUACGCUGUUAUUGUCCAGCUCAUGAAGUGGGAUUAGCCACAUUGCAAGUAGCAUGUGAAGGAUUUAUUAUUUCUAACUCUGUGAUAUUUGAAUACAAGAAGCCUCCACGAGAAGAUCAAGUUGCAGCCAGUGAACCUCAUCUGGAAAAAAGCAGUGAUAAUUUGUUGAAAUUCACUCUGCUUCAACGUCUUGAAGCCAUGGAUGAUCGUUUACAAAUUAAGCAAGAGCCUGAUGUUUCUGAUGUAGUAGAAGGAACCAGUCUUCUAAACCAAAGUAACUUUGAGGAUAGACUUGUAUCGUACUGUCAGGAAAUGACUUCACGUGCUUGGCGAUUAGGAGAAGACUCUAAUUCAUUGCGAUCUUCCAGUCAUCGGGGAAUGACUCUUCUUCACCUUGCUGCUUCUUUAGGGUACACAAGACUAGUUUGUGCUAUGUUACACUGGAGAGCAGAAAACUCUUCUUUAUUAUUAGAGACAGAGGUGGAUGCUCUUAGUCAAGAUGAAGAUGGAUUUACACCUUUAAUGUGGGCAUGUGCUCGGGGUCAUCGAGAAACCGCAGUUUUACUGUAUAGAUGGAACCAUACUGCUCUGAAUGUUCGCAAUCACAAAUCUCAAACAGCUACUGAUUGUGCACGUUCUAAUCAUUAUGAAGAAUUGGCAAAAGAAAUGGAACAAUUGGAGUCUUCUUGGGAAAAGGCUAAUGCUAUGCUUACAUCUCCAGUAUCAGAAGGGAUGUCUGAAGUGGCUACUGCUAUCACUCCUGCUCUCUCACCAGCAGGAUCUGUUGUAUCCCUAGCAUCAGUUACCUCUACAUCUCAGUCGCAUGAUGGUGUUUUCUUAAGGCCUGGUGCUGUUACACGGAUGCCAAAUUGUUUUAGAAGUGAAUCUCAGAAGUACAAAGCGCUGAGUAUGGAGCUGAAUCUGAAUCUUACAUCUGAAAAUGUUGGCGCAACCUCUGGAAAUUCAAACAGAGGUAGCCACAGCUCCAGUCCCAGCCCCGUCCGUUCUGCCUCAGGUGUUGUUGAAUCCAGUAAUAUGUUGUCUAAUCCUAUAAGUAGUCUCCAGGCCCAUCAGCCGCUUACAAAGCGUCCAUCAGUAGACAGUGGAAUACACUUAGGAUCUGUUCAAUCUUCUGAUAGUUUACCAUCGUUACGUUCUCGUAGCAAUAAACUUCCUAGUGGCCGUGAAACCCCAAAGCUAUCAAGGUUUGAUCGUAGCAUGUCAUUACCUUUGAAUUCGCCUUUAUCAGGCAUGGAUUGUUCAUUUGAUAGUACUUCAUCUGAUGCUCGAGACAAUCUACUGAGUUCUCCAAUAAGAAGAAUGGAUUUUGCUCUUUGCGAAGUGGCUAGAGGUCCUCGAAGCGAAAGUCCCAUCAUUGAUGUGGAGGGCAUCUCAGAUGAGGAGCUGGAUGCAAAACGGAGUGUUGUAGGGGAACAGGAAGUUAGAGUUCUGACAUUAGCUGAACAGAUUAUUGCUGCUAUGCCAGAGAGAAUUAAGAAUGAAAGUGAAGAAAUGAUGCUUGGUCAUGACUGUAGUCCACAGCCAGAAUCUUCAACUGGUGCAGGUGACUCAUUGUCUGAAGUAUUUAUGGAGCCUCUUCUCUUGGAUGAACCCACAUCAACCUAUGAACCUGUGGAAUUCAAUUUUGAGUUUAGUGACCACAAUUAUAGAUAUUAUGAUGUUGGUACGCCAAGCUCGUCGUUGAGUCCAGCUUCUUCAAGUUGUCUUCAGUCUCCGGGGUCCUUUACUCUGGAUUCUCCUUCCCCGCCUCCAACUACAGCUGAUUUUUGUGAAUUUUUCCAAGCAUCAAGUAGUGUAUUUGAAAAGGAUUUCUCAAAUUUAACUCUCUCAGAUAAAGAACAAAGAGAGUUGUAUGAAGCUGCCAAAAUUAUUCAAAAAGCAUAUCGUUCUUACAAAGGCCGAAAGAAAUUAGAAGAACAGGAUAAGGAGCGAGCUGCUGCCGUUCUCAUCCAGAACUAUUAUCGAAGAUAUAAACAGUAUGCUUACUUCAAACAAAUGACGAAAGCUGCAAUGGUGAUCCAGAAUGGCUAUCGGUCUUAUUGUGAACACAAGCGCUUCAAGAAGAGCCAAGAAGCUGCUGUUUGCAUCCAGAACUACUACCGCAACUACAGGGAGCAGGGGGGGAGAGGGAGCCGAGAGGGAACACCGACUGCUAGCAGCAGUGGGCUCAAACGGACUUAUUCUCAACGACGCCAACAUCAAGCAGCACGAAAAAUCCAACAAUUUAUGAGGCAAUCCAAGAACAAAUUGCAGAGAGAACGAGCUUUGGCAGCCGAAAGAGAGAGGCAGGAGGUCCGGUCAGUGGAUGCCCUCCAAAGGUCGCGUUGUCCCGACAGUUUGGAGUGCUCCAGCACCGCUCCAAGUAAUGGAGGCAAUGCUUCCUCCCUCUCUGGCAACAGGCACCAGGAAACGGAAGAAAUGGACACCUCAGAAAAAACAUGAUUAUUUUGGUGUUACAAGAACACAACAUGACAUAAUAUGGCACAAGGCACUGACUUCGUGGCAAGUCUUCCAUGAAAUGCCAGCAGUGAUGUAAAUGAGCAUCUUGCAUCACUCUCAAACUGGCAGUGUCCAGAUAUUAGUAUUAUUUAUCCAUACCAGUUAAGAUAUUGAAGCCUAUUAAAAAUAUUAUCUAUUGUUUAUUUGCAAAUAAUACUUUGUUCCUUAGUUAGGUGCUCAUCUGUUAAUUUAUUAAUUUUCCUUUUUUUUAAUUUUCCUUUCCAAAUUACUGGUGUCACUCAUUAAAUGUUAAGUUUAAUACUAUUAUGAAAAAUAAACUUUGUUUGAUGAUAAAUAUGAAAGCAGUUACUUUUCAUAUACUAAAAAAGUGUUAGAAAAUUUUAAUUUUCUUUUUAAAUGUUCAUUAUUUAUGUACGAAAUUAUAAAUGGACAUGACAAAGUUGUAGAUUGACUAAUAUGUUCUGCUGAUUAUAUGUAACAGUUUUUCUGAGAAGAACUCUUACUAAAAUAUAAUACUUUCAAAUACCCGCACCAAGUUAUUUUUUCUAGAAACUUUUAUGUGAGGUGUGGAUAUGUUUUGGUAAAGAAUGAUGAUAAAAUGGUAUCACCAUAAAUGAGCAUGAAAUGAAAAUCUUAUUCCAAUACAAAGAAAUAAAAAGGAACAGGGUAUUUGGUGUUGAAUAAAUUUAAAAUGAAAUUGUUUGUGUAGAAAUAGUAAAAGAACCACACUUAUGCAAACUUGUAAUUAAAAAAUAUUUCAAAAUUUUGUGAAUAUUAUGAACUAAAUAUUGUACUAAGUUCAUAUCUACUGAUAAUUAUUUACUCAUUUACUUAACAAACAUAAUAGUGUAAUGUACAGUUAAUCUGGACAUAUUGUCACAUCAAAGAGACUGUUAGAGGGUUAGUAAUUGGCAGAUGCAAAGACAGUAUUCUUUUUGUAUUUUUUAUUUUGAAGUCAAAAAUACUAUUUUGUUUUGUUGCUGUAUCCUGAAAUUGCUAAAAUUCUGUUUCACUCUUUGUCCGUGAUAAUUAUUUUCUUAUCUUUUGAAAUAGAUUAUUUUUCAUUAUUUAUAGUUAUAUUUUCUUCACUUUCAAGAUAUUCUAUAAAGAGUCUAUUCAGUUACUCUAUAAAGAAAUACUGUUAGAAACAUCUGUCAAAAUUUGUUGAAAAUAAUUGACCACAAUUUCAAAAUUACAAUCAUCUUGUAAUAUAAGAAAGAUACAUUGAAGCAUUGAACAUACAUGUAUUUUUAUUGUUACUUCUUCAGAGAAUAACAAUUGUUCACAUGUUCAGCAUGUGUUGAUGUUAUAAAGGGGCAGGUCCUCCUCGGUUUCUGAAGGAAUCAACAUUUCUGGAGACACAGAGUUGCAAGCAAAGGAGGAGUUACUUAUUAAUUUUAAAUGAUAAAAUUUAUAUUCUAUAUACAUAUAUAUUUCGUAACAGUAAGAAAUUAGUUGGAGCAUAUUUAAAUGCUCAUGAUAUAAUGUGCAAUAUGAACUGUUUAUAAGUUUUUUCCAAAUAUUCUUUUGUUAUAUUUUCUUUAGAUGCAUGAAUUUUAGAGAGAAACACAAACAAAUAUUAAUAUAGGAAUAGAAAAAAUAUUAUUUAUAAGUUCACACAUUUAAUGACUUUCACAUAAAUUAUAAACAGUUCAGAGUAUCAAUUCCCAUACAUGGGUUGGGGUGCUGUUGAUUUUAGGGGAUGAGUCUUGUAAGAGUUGGGGCGGGGAAGUUAUGAAGAGCAGAUAGCAUUGAAAAGUGAGAUAUUUGAAGCUGUGAUGUAGAAAGCAGAAGUUUUUUAAAAAUUGAAUUAUCUAGAGGAGUUAAGGUAUUCAACUUAACUGCUAAGAGUUUUUCUUAGCACCUUGUAUAUAAUUAUAAUAAUAAAAGUUAGAAGUUAAAAUUAAAGAUACUGCACGAAAAGUUACAAACUACAGUAGCUAACUGUGGUGUACUUAAUACACAAAGCUGUUCUCUUCAUUAAAUUAAAUCGUGCAUCUAUCCCUUUAUUAAUUCUGCUCUCUUUCUCUCUUGUGUAUUAUUGUACUAUGCGAGUCUUCUCAAUACAAAGAAUGAAGUUUGAGCAGAUCGUGCAUUUGAGGAAGAUAAAUUAUGAUAGUCUUACAGAAUCAUCUUCUUAAGCUUUAAUUCUCUUGGAUAACCAAAAGUCUUCAUUAUCAUAGUGUGUAAGAAAAAACAUCUAAUGUUAUAGGCCCUUUACAAAAAAUGGCUUUGUAUGAGUGUGCAUUACAAAAUGCCUCAAUAAGAAACAAUCAUGACUGCUUAUAUACCUACACAAAUAUAGCUGAGGUCCUGGACAUUUCUAUAUUUACUUGUUUUUGUCAUUUUUCAAAACGUUAUUUUUGUAUUAUGUAAUAUAAAUAUUCAGCCCUAUUAAUUUUUAUAUAAUGCAUCAAGAAAUCAUUGUAUUAAAUCUUCACCUUUUAAAAAUAUUCACCACUGAACAAAUGCAAAUGUGUAUUUUUACGGCACUUGCAUCCCCUUUAUAUCACAUUUUGUCAUGUAGUUCUUCAAGAGAAAACAAAUCAAUUUCACUGCUCUUUACAGCAUAUUUUUGGUUUGAUAGAAAGAAAACAUGCUUCAGUAUACAUUGAUUGCCUUGUUGUAGUGUAGCUCGUCGCAUCUUCUUUAUAUGAAUACAAUGAAAUGUGAUGUUGCUUGUAAUCUACAAUUUAUGCUUUUUCCUAUUUUCUUCUUCUUCUUGUCUUCCCCUAGAUUUGAGUACAUUUUGAAAGUACAUUUUAUUUCUUUAUUUUCUAGAAUUGUGUUAAGUUUUUUUCAUUUUGUUCAUUAAAAAAAAUCCACAUUUAUAAUCAGUCUGUGGUAUGACUAUUUACUUAAGUAGUUUUCAAUGUUAUCAGCAUGGAUAUUUAGUGAGUAUCCUUAAGAGAGAGAGAGUACUUUGCAAAUUAUUUUAAUUGGUUGUUAUGUGAUUAUUGAAAUAUAAUAAUUUUUAAAUAGCACUCUCUUUGAGAUUGCAUUUGCAAAUGACCAUUCAAAAAAAUUGAAUGCCCAAUAUCUUUCUACAUUGGGAAUAUUUCAAGAAGUUUGAUGACUUAAAAACUUAACAUAUAAGCUUUAAUACAUAGAUCAUUAUUCAUCAAUAAUGAUGCAAUCCAACUUACUCCAAAACAGUAGGCGCUCAGAGCUGAAAUUUUCUCUUUUAUACUCAUCAGAGAUUAAUAAAUGAACAGUAAUUGUUCUCUUUCUCAAUUAUUAUGACUUAGAAUGUCUGUACACAAGCAAUGCACACAGCAAUAUUUCAUAUGUAGAUGAUAUUUUAUUUUUGAACUUUUGAAUUGCUACCUGCUUUUUUAUUGUUUUAAGUUUAUUUUUUUAUUACUUGUAAAGAGCAGAAAUAUUACUUGCCCGAUACCUUAAAUUUAAAGAAACUAUUCUCUUAGGUUCUUAUAUUGCUUUGAGUUGUCUUAUCUGCCUUCAUGCACAGGAUUGUUUUUUAUAUGAUGAAUGUUUUGCAAAUGUGUAAUAAGCAUUUAGAUUAAUGUGCAUCUCAAAUAUGUUUCAGUAGUUUAUGUUCUGUUAGUUCUUAAAAUGGCUUCUAAACAAAACAAUUACAAUAUAAUUGAAAAUUGGCCUUAAAGAGUUUCAUAUAAAAUGAAUAAAAUAGGGAAGGGGAAUAAAGAAUUACAUCACAGAAUGGCAAUGAAAAUUAAACAAUAUAUGACAAUUAAUGUAAUGACUUGAAAUAAACUUGCAAGAACAACUUUCAAUAUUUAUAUUGUUUCACUGCAAAUCAGCAUUGACUUUUAAGGUACCUAUUAAAUGAAAUGUCAAUACAGGAUAUUUAAUUGGGCAAUGUUACAUAUUCAAUAUUAUUGUGUGUUUAGAAGCCACAAAAAAUGUACUUCUCUUGCACAGCAGAACAUAUUAGGUAUAUGUAUGAAAUAUAUGUUCUAUUGAAUUCUGUUCAGGUAAGUUGUUGCUAAUUUAUUAGUUACGGUUUGUCAGAUUUGUAUUAUAUUGCUGCACUUCUGUUCAUGUUGGUUUGUGACUUCUGUAGCCUUCUAUAUAUGUUUUCAACCCUUUAUUUACCUUCUGAAUUGGCUUACUCUUAUUUUUAUGCUGCUCAUUAUGUUUGAAUAUUAAUAUAUGUAAAUAAUAUUUUUCAUGUUAAUAUAGCAGUAUUCUCUUUGCAACUUUGGUAUCUUGUCACUGAAGCUUACAAUUAAAAUGUCUUUGCAUGACUACAUUGUGAUGUAAGAGAUUGCUUGUUCAGUGCUCUUUAUCUAGAAAAAUAUCUGAAAAUAGAUUUUAUACAGCAAUCCACUAUUCUUUUCUCUUUCAAGAUUUUCAACAAAACAACCAUUGUUUAAUUUUUGCUUAAAACUAAAAUUUUACUGCAUAACCACUGCCAAUUUUUUACCCGAAUGUUAUGAAAAAUGGAAGAAAAUGAAAUAAACGUAGUGGUAUAUUUUAUUCCACUUAUGUAAAGUAUUAGAAAAUUAUGACACAGUGAUAGGAAAAAAUACUAUUUUAAAGAAUAACUUGUUAAACAAUUUUAUCUUAUAGAUUUAAUUACAUCCAUGGGAAAUUGUUCCUCUUGUAAUAUUUAUUAACAUAGAAAAAAUAAUUAUAUGUCUCAUAAGUUCGUGAUAUAUAGCUGCUACAGUUUGUCAUGUUCAUGAACCUUAUCCUUGCAUAUGUCCUUUUCAUUAUAAUUACUAUUAAUAUAAAAUUUAAUUAAUCUCUUAUCAACUACUAUUAUGAAGUGCUUAAGAGUUCUUGCAAAGACUACAUAAAUAGUGGUAGUUUCUACGUAGAAUACAAUUAGACUUGCAGGGAGAAGUAUUUCUUUUUGAUGUCCUUUUAAUAUGCGAAGUCAGAGUAUAUCUCUUCUGAUAUACAAUCUGUAAUUUUUCAUACAAGGAUAUUACAAUUGUUCUUCAAAAUUUACUUUCCUUAUUAAUCUAGUUGUAUCAAAUUUGCAUAUGUCUGAGUACAUGUCAAAAUUUAUAAAAGUGUCUCAAAAUUUUUCUAUUUAGUUUAAGAAAUAAUAUUUAAUUUUAUAUUGAUAGAUUCAUAAGUGUAAUGUUCACCAAUGCAGCUUGAAUUGAUUCAAGAAACAUCAGUGAGCAGUAUUGCAUAAUAUUGUGUUAAAUAUUGCAGCACAAUUAAAUUAUGUUGUUAAAAUUAAACUAUUUAUUAGAUAUUGUACAAACAAUGUUAAACAAUGAUCUAAUUAAAGUAUAUUUGCCACGGAAUGUUUUAAUGAAGCUUACCAUCAGAUUUUACAUUUUUACACUCACACAUCUAUAUAUAUAUAUACACAAGAAAACAUAACUAAAACAAAUUUCAUAGCUAUAAUAUGCACAUAUUUUUAACUUUUCAGAUUAAUUGUGCAUAGUAAGGCUGAUUCUUUUUGUUCCAAUACGAGGUACAUGUUUUAUUUUCUGUUCUUUUAUGAUGAGUUGGCCAAAUAUUAUAAUCAAAAACAAAUUCAAUAAAGUUUAACAGUAAUUAGAAGGAUGAAAGCAAUACAACGGAAAUGGAAGGAGCUGGGGGUACUAAAAUAAAGCUUUUUCGUAUACUUGUACUAGUCUUUCGUAGAAUCCCAGGAGAGAAGAAAAAUAUAAACAUAAUAUGCUGAAUCAAUCAAUUUUACUUGACACAUUGAAAAUUACAAUAUAAUCAACACAUUUUUACAGUACACAAAGAAUAGAAUGGCUUUUUGCGCUCUGUAAUUCAGAGCUUUUAUAAUGUAUUGAAAACUAAGACUGUAGUAAUUAUGGAGAAUUGUACUUCAUAUUACAUUAUCUGCAAUAGAAUAUCCCUUAUUAUGUCCUGAAAAGGACAUGAAAUUUUUAUCUUUGAUGACAUGUAAUUUUCUUUCUUUCUUUCUUUCUCAUGGUAGGCCUUAGAUACUUAUUCUUGAAGCUCAGUGCUCUAAAUAAACAGCAUGUAUUAUAUGAUAUGUUCUUAACAUCCAUUCAUCUGAUAUCUUUUUAUGUAGUAACCCUUGUGAGUGUUUCAUUUCAAGGACGUUACUGGGUGUUCAAAAGUAUUUCUGGGACUUUGCAGUCAUUUUCAUUUUGUUCAUCAGUCACUCUCCUGAAUUUCCAAAAUAAGGUACUUUUGGUGAGAUUUUUUCAUAUCAAAAAGCAUGUUGAUGUGUUCACUUUUUGAUUUUCAUUUGAAAUGUGAAGUUGUUGAAUAUUAUUGCUGUCACAACUUACUAUAUUCGAUGUUUAUGAGAGCAUGUUCCUGUGUUAUAUGCUAAUCGAGAAGCAUUGCUUGAAGUUUAUUAUCAGGUAUAUUUAACAAAUGUCUAAAUUUUGUAUAUUUUUAUCAUUAACUUGUUAUAAUCAUCUAUUCUCUUUUUACUGCAUUCCCUGAAAUAACUGUAAUAGCCAAUAGAAGUUUGAGCACACUCGUAAUUACUAUAUCAUUAUUUAAAUUAAUCACAUUAUUAAUUUUGUUUAUGAUCACAGAUUAAAUUCAUCAAAUUGAAAGAUAAGAUCUUCCAUGGUACUUCAAACAUAAUGUCAAUAAAUAAGAUAAUUUCCCGGGAACACUGUUAGUGUAGUGAAUAUCCUGUUCCAUACAGAUGUAUUGAUAUGUGCAGUUCAGAAUUUAUUUUUGGUUUAAAGAAACUAGACUUGUUUUCUUCUGCCUCAUAUCAUUCCUUCAAGUCAAGCAGUGCUUUUUGUACAAGUAGCUAUUUGUUUGUUUGUUUUUUUGUUAGAUUUAAAUGGUUAUUUGUGUAUUUAUUAUUACUCAUAUUACAUACUCAAACUUGGUGCUCAAACACAUCACACCAGUUUUCCCUAUUUAUCUGCAUAGAAGACAUGUAAAUACACAAAUGAAAAUAAAGAAGAUAAAUAAUUUAUGUGCAUAUUUGCAAAUGUAAAUUAACAUGAAAAGAAACAACAAAUGUCAAAAUCCCUCCCUGUAUAUAGCUGUUGGACAUUUAAAAUUUUAUUCUGUAAAAAAAAUUAAGUACAGUUUUUCCUAUUUACUAUUAUAUGCGUAUAACUUUCAGCAGAGAAAAAAUAAUAAAAAUAUUUGAUAAUCAAGUAAUAUUUAAAGUAUGGUUGGUAGAGUGAGAAUUUUUUUCAAAUAUGUGAUUAAGCAUUUAAAUUUGUAGAGUAUUCUGCCUUGAUAAACUACAGAAAGUGCAAGUGUUUUCAGAUCGUCCAAGUAAUAUGGUAGAGUAUGCAUGAGUGAGUGAAUUGGCUGAGGGCUUUCAGUAGUAGAAAAUUUCAACAUCAAAUUUACUCUCUGCUUAUAUUGGUAGUACAAACCAUUCAUACUGUAUAUAUAUAUAUAUAAAAAAAUAUAUGAUAUUCUUACAUCAGUGGUAACAGUUUUGUUUAUGCUGCAUUUGAAAUAUUAGUUUUUAUUGCCAUUUUUAAAAUAUAGACUUUAAACAUUUAUAACAAGUAAUGUUAAAUAGGGCUACAUGUAUAAAAGGAACACUCAUUAAAACAUGUUCUUAAAUGAUAUUCUUUUAAAUAAAAAAAAAUAUACAUAUUUUUCAAAUUUAGGUGUUUCAAUGCAGUUUUGUUUCCAAGAGUUUGUAAUGGAAACAAAUUUAAUUGGCUUUUUAUGCCUGAGAAGUGUCUUGACUAACAAUCGUUUUUACAUUCUCUCAUGAAUUCAUAUAUAUUAUAUAUAUAAUUUUAAUAAUUUUGUUUUUCUUUAUAAAAGACUCAUCGCAACUCUCACGAUCAAAACAUAAUUGAAUAGAGCUUUUUAUUAUCUGUUUAAUAACACUAACUUCUCUAAACUGGUAAAGUUUUAUACAUUUUAGUAAUUUGAAUUAAAAGCAACCUAUUAUAAAAUUACAAGCAUUUUUAUUCACUUAUGUGAAUGUCCAUUCUAAUUUUAACAGAACUUAAUGGUUUUAUAUCCAGUUAUACUGUCUGUUCAUGGACUGUUUGCCAUGGAAAUUGAAAAUUAAGGCAAUGAAAUGGAACACCAAUGUAUCAAAUAUGAAAUAAAGAAGAAGCCAUUUUAAACUAGCAUAUUAAUAUAUAGUUCUAUAGAUAGCAUAUUAAUAAAAUAUAAAUUUUAUAUAUUAGUAAUUUUUAAUAGUUUAAAACCUGAUUUUAGUCAGAACAAAUUCUUCUUCCAAUGUGCAUACUUUCAUAAAAGGACGUAAGUAUGUAAUUCUUUGUGACAGUUCUGUUUGAAAUCUGUUUAGUCUGAAACAGAUUUGCCAUGACCAAUUACCUAAUUCAGGAAAAUUAUUCAAGUGCAAAAUUCAUCAAUAAAUAUAUUCUUUGUUGGUUUGUGAAAAGAAACAAUGUCAAAACUGGUUCGUGGUUUGUUGGUGUCCAUUAACAUUUAUUUAUAUCUUUCUUGAACAAACCUUUCUAUACAUUCCAAGUAGAUUUAUGAUACACCUUUUUAAUGAAGUUUUAAUGUAUAGUUUCUUUUUAUUUUCAAUGUCACUCUUGUUCAAUGUUUAUUAGUGUUUUCUGUUUUCUAAUUAUUCUAUUUUGUAAUGUGGAUCAUUCUUAAUCAAUUUUAAAGAUAGAUCAAAUUUUUAUAUUUGAGCCAGCAUUAAGAAAAAUGUUGGUGUACACAUACCAUUUUUAUUAUUUUGCAUUUUCCUUUAAAUGGUGUAAUGUGACAUUACAAUCUUGUUCCAGUUUUGUCGAAGUAGAGAAUUUUUGAAAUACUUUCAUGUAUCUGCUAGAUGACUUCUUGGCUUGAAAUUUUGAGUUUUUUAUUUUUCUUGUCUGACUUCUCUUCCAUUGCUUUGUAUUCUCAUGAGACAUGUUUUUGCUCUUCCAUCAGGAGUAAUACAAUAAUGUUUUUUUUAUAUUUUUUUAUGUAUAAAUAGUUUGUUGUUGAUUAAAUAUUUUUGCAAGAAAAGCUAAGAAAUUUAUUGCUAUAAUUUGUCAUUUGGUCUUGAAAGUGGAUUUUUCUGAGAAUAGGGGGAAUCCUUCUGAAAUAUGUUUUGUAUUUACAGAUUUGGUUCAGAUGAAUGAUGUUGAGCAUGAAUGUAAUUUACUGAAAAAUAUCCAUUUGAUUUUGUGGAUAGUAAUGUGUAAAUGCUAUUGAAAAAAUGUUUAUGGGUGAAACUUUUUCAACAAGUACUAUGUUUUUGUGAAUUAUUUGUGAACUUUGAAACAAAUAUAAAACGUAUAGUUUACAUUCAUAAAUAUUGAAAAUAAUAUAUUUAAAGAAUUUAUUAUAGUUUAACUGGUGACAAUUGAUAGUUUUCAGAAAUAUUUUGAUGAGAAUAACUAUAUUGUGGUUUUUACUUCUCAAUUUUAAAUGUAGUGAAUUCUCCUUAUUUGAUGUGUUUGUUAUGUGCACUUAUUAAAGUUGAGAGUUGUUCUUAUUUACAGUUUAAAUGCUUAUGAUGUGAAGCUCUCUUCACAUUAAAAAUUAUUAUUGACAGAACACAAACGGAGAACAUAAAAUAUUUAUGUUCUUGCACAAAUGUUGAGGAGUAUUAUUUUUCAUUUUUAAUUUCAAAAAUUAACUUAAUAUAAGCUAUAUCUUCUGUUACACUUUAAAUGUCUCCUUUUAUUCAAUUGCAGCAUUCAUAAAAUAUAAAUUUGUACAAAAUUACUGUUUUAUUCUAUGUCUUUGAAAUUUAAUACUUCUGAAUGAUUAAUAUCAUCAUGCACACUAAUAUUGGCCUAUGAAAUUUACAAGAAAAUUUGCCAAGGCAACGUGUAAUGUGUAUGAGAUAUUUCCAGUUCUUCAUUGUAAGAAAUUAGAAUUAAUAUUUUGAAUGAGAGUGAAUGAAUACUGACUGUCAGGUACUUGUAUUAAGUACUUCCUAAUUGUUUCUUUUUAAUCUUAGAAGCAAUUAGUAUUUUUUAUAGAGUUCAUUAUGAUCGGAUUGAAUACUGUUUACAUGUACUAUUCAAUGAUUUGUUGAUUGGUUUGAAGUGUUUAACUCGCACUUUCUUUAAGAUACUGUUGUUGAUAUUGGCCUAAAAUUAAUUCCUCAUAUUAUUUUUAUUGUUAUUUCAUGAUACUGUAAUCAUAUUAUAUGUAUUGUUUGAUAAUAUAAUGUAUAUUCAUUAUAAUGUUGUUAUGGAUUUUAUAUGUUUAGGUUUCUUGCAGAUGUUAUUAUGAAACAUCAUUUAAUGGCACUUUAUCUGUUCUUGUGCCUUUCAAAGUUUUCUUCAUUGUGGCAUGAUUACUGUUAUCCAGCAUCAAAAAUAUGUGUUCCUUGUCAUUUUUCCACUAUAUACAAAACUAGAUAUUUUAUUCAUUUUUGUAAUUGCUUUGUGAAUCCUGUGUAUUAUAAUGAUUUUUAUGGGUCCAUUUCAAAUCAUAUGUUCCUGCAUAAACUUGUUAAAACUGAGAGUAUUUCAUUAAUUAUUGAACUGUAAUAUCACCAAUGUAAUCAGGCUUUCUGCCUGGUAAAAUGUGAGAAAAAAAAUUAAAAACAAGAAAUGAAGAAAAAGAUUCUCCUAAGAAUUUCAAUUUCAAUAUAUUAUUCACUGCUGUAGAUACAUUGUAUUUCAAUUUCCUUUCUUUCUUGCCACAGUAUUAUUUUAAUAAUAAAUACAAAUACAUUGUAGUCAAAUUUGUACCUUAUGUAAAGAAAUCAUAUUUUAUGAAUUUAAAAACAUAUGCAGUA